AUGGAUGAAGUGAUGUUGACCUUCGACAUCCCGCUCGGGAGAAGUGUCGCCGAGAAAGGCCAGAAAACGUUGACGUUGAAGAUAACUGGCCACGAAAAGUCUCGCUUCAUCGUCGUGCUCGCCUGCUGCGCAGACGGCACCAAGUUGCCUCCCAUGCUGAUAUUUAAGCGGAAAACCUUGCCGAAGGAUAUUUUUUCUCCUACAGUGGUGGUUCAGGCGAACGCAAAGGGUUGGACGGACGAGGAAACAAUGGACAAAAUCUUGACAGCCAAUGAUGAGCUGACCAAUGUGAUCAACAUCUACAAGAAGACCACGGGGCUGGAGCCGGCUGUCAACGGUGGGAGCUCGACCACUGUCUUGAACGACACCCACGGAUGGGACUGUCAAAAUGCAGCCGUGUCGGCUGCCCCGGUUGCUGCAGCUGCUGCUGGAUCCUUGCUGGAUUUGGACUCCCCGGGCCCCGAUGUCCGCGAAGAACCAAAGAAGGUCCCCGUCGAUCUCAGCCUGCUCGAUGACCAGCUACUUGCCCUCGGCAUAGGAGAUCCAUGCCCGCCAAUUGCGACCAGCAGCAUGGUAGAUCUGGGCUCUCUCUCCUCCCCGGGUCUGCCUCAGGCCAGCACCAAUGCCAGUGCGGGGGGUGCCGCUGGUGCAGGCACGUUCGGGGGCUUUGGCAAUGCCGCUGCCCCUCCCGGCUUCCGGGCCAGCUACAUUCCGGCCUCAGCGGGAGUGUUCCAGCCCAUGAGUGUUGGACCAAAGACGCUGCCGCUUGGACCGUCUAUGCUGGCCCCCAUGGAGGGGCAUCCUCUGGGAUCCCCUUCCAAGGUGGCCACGGAUGAUCUCCUGAACAACCUGUUUGUGCCCCUGGAGCAGAUACAGCCAGGCUCGCAGGCUCCCGUGAACCUGCACCAGGAGAUGGGGUGCGCGCAGUGA